UGCCAGCGGGACGGUUCUUUGCAGGGCGGGGCUGGGGGAAGAGCGAGGGAACUCAGAGAAGCGUCCAGAGUUGCCAUGGAAACGGGGGCCUGCGGAAGGCUUCCCAGCCACCGGGAGUCCCGUGAAAUUUGCCCGCAGGGACUACUGGUGUUCACCGGAUCUUCGGAACAGGACUCCACCUUGGCCAAGCAGUUCUGGACCGCGGCGUCCCUGUACCCCCCUAACGAGUCGCAGCUGGUGCUGCCCCGAGGUAGCAGUCAGCGCCUGCAGGUAGCCAGGCCCUCCAGGAGCCGUCCGCGGGAGACUAUAAAUGUCACUGCUGAAACCAGAAAGAUUGAGGAAUCUGAGGAGAAAAAAAAGUAUCUCCAAAAGGCCCAGCUCCAGUGCCAGCUUCUCUGGGCCAGGAGAGUCAAGCCGGAGGCUGACAGGAUGAACAGCUUCCUCCUGCGCGCUCCUCCACAGGCUAAAAGGAGAGAUGAGAUUCUCCAACUCCUAAGAAAACAAAGAGAAGAAAGGAUCUCGAAAGAACUGGUUUCCCUUCCUUAUAAGCCAAAGGCCAAAGUACACAAAGCAAAGAAAGUGAUGUCACAGUCAGAUAAGGAAGACCAAGAGGAGGUCAAAGCCUUGGACUAACGUGAUCAACGCAAGGGGCUCCACUGACGCGCCCAUCUCCACUGAGGACCACCGUUCACUGCGCUCUCGGCCCCCCUGCCGCUGGACUAACCCCCACCGGAUGCAGCUCCCACCCACAGUGCCCACAGAGCCGUGGGAGACCCACCAGUCAGAACUGCAUCACAGGGAUAAAUCAAAUUGCAAGGGGAGGGUGGGGAAUAGUCUUUAAAUGGAAGAGCGUCUGCCUCGGUAACAUUCAGGACUCUCGCUAAAAGAAAUGGACAUCAGGUAUCAGUGGACGACUAGUAGUUUUGCCCAUAACAUUAUUUGGAGAAAAAUGUUUGAACAGAGGGAAGUAGUCAGGCCUAGAAAAGGGAAAUUUUGAAAAUUAUAAAUUGGCAGUGUCACAUCAGCACUACGAAGAGUAAAAGGCACCCUGAUAUUGUUAUCUGCCAGAUGGAUAAAUCUCUUUUGUAAAGAUGGAUAGAGCAGACUGUCAAAACCUAACCUUUCAAACCCGAUAACUCCCUUUGUUCUGAUUCCAUGCUCACUGGGAAAUCUCUUGCCCAGAAGCAGAACAUGUGCUCAACAGACUAAUAGAAACAUCAGUUUGGUUGAUAAUAUUUCUCAAUGUAUAAAUAUAUUAGUCUCUUAAUUGGGUUUAGGCUUGUCAAAUUAAGGAUGGGACCCUGGACCAAGAUAA